AUGCAUUUCUGGCCUCUCUUCCCGGCUGCUGCGUUGGCUUCGCAGUGGGAUGCGGAGUUUUACAGGAGUCCCUUACGGUGUCCUCCCGUCUGGCAGCACUUUCUCACCCAGCUCACGGAGGCGGAGACGUUGCUACGCCACGGCCAGGCUGCAACGGCGCGAGAACUCCUCGGUGAUGCCCUCACGGAUGCCCUUGGCCCUGGCAGUGGCGAUGCGCCGAAACUGCGAAGGGCACUGACGGAGUGCGCUGUGGGUUUGGGCGCCGCCCUUCGCCUCAGUGCCUUGUCGCACGUCUCUGACCCGGCCGUGCGCGUUGCCUCGUCGUCCGUGCAGCGGAGGGCGCUGGAGGUGGCGUUGAGGCUUCAGCAUUUGGCGGCGGGGUGGCUGAUCUAUGCCUACAAUGGUCCGGCACGACAUCGGGACGCCUUCAUUGACUCCUCGCCGUGGCCGAUCAACUCAGCGCACUUUGGGGACGAGCAUCGCUCAGUCGCCGCGCUCUUGCAGCAGCUCACGAGCAACGAGAAAACUCUGUCCGAUGGACCGGGACGGCGGGCAUCGGUGGUGAUGGUGACUGUCUGUGACUACCCCGAGACCUCCAUGCUCCCGCGCUUGGCUGCCUUCGUGCACGGAGUCUAUGCGCAGCGUCAUGGUUAUGCCUACCGCCAUCAUCGCCAUUCACGGCAUGCCGCUGAUCGCCCGGCUGCCUGGGGAAAGGUGGCGGCGAUGCAAGAGGCAUUGCAGGAGGGCUGGGAUUGGGCUAUUUGGGUGGACUGUGAUUUGUUUUUCAUGGACCUCAAUAAGAGCCUGGAGUCUCUUUUGCCGGAAAGCGAUGAUGGAGUGAAGAUGGUCAUCACCGAAGAUGCUCAAACUUUGAAUACGGCCAUUUUUUUCAUGCGUCGAUCUCAGUGGAGCUUGAGGCUCUUAGAGAAGGUUUGGGGUGGUGAAAGCUCCGCCUUCGUUGACCACACCUGGUGGGAACAGCAGGCCUUCGCACAGGAACUGCUGGGCGCUCUGGCCAAGCGCUGCGCAACGCUGAGGUACGAAGCCGGGGCGGUUUACAAUGGAAGCCACCAAGUAGACCCAGGUGACGCCUUGGUGUAUCCGCCGGAGGUCCAUGUUUUGGCGCAGAGGGAGAUGAAUUCGUACCAUCCCAUCUCCUCGCGGUUGGUGGGCGAAACCUGGGAACCAGGCAAGUUCAUUUUAUCCUUCAACGGGGUAAAAUCACUUUCUGGCCCCACGGUUGCCGACGUCCUGCAUGUGAACUACUUUGAGGUCUUUUGUCAGCUGAAUGACUUGGAAGAUCGGUGCAAAGAUGUCCUGGCCGAGGAGGAGCGUUGGAUGCUGAUGACAGAGCCGCAGGCCUUGCCAGCCUUGGAUGAGUACUUGAGCCUCUUCUCUGAGUAUGAAGAGCUGUUGAAGUUGGAACCAGCAGCUUUCGUGCAAAGCAAGGCAGGGAACUCGGGCCCCCAGGGGCCACCAGGGGCCACCAUGGCCACGCCACGGCAGGUGGAUGCCGAGAUCACCACCGGUGAGGCCAAGCAGUGCAUCCUGGAGCAGGUGGAGAAGGAAUCGGAGGUCCUCGCUUCAAUCCCGGAGUCGGUGGUCAUUGGACUCUUCGAGGUCUUGUGGAUUUUGACGGCUGGUCUCAUGUCAGGAGAUUCGCAAGAGCUGGGGAAGAUUUCUGAAUUGCUCUUGGAGAUGUUGCUGUCGCCCGGCUGGGUGGCGAUCGUGGUGGGUAAGAACCAGAACGGGACGCGUUUCCGAGAUGGAGCACAGGAGAUCGUGGACGGCUACAGCGGCAUCUUUUCGCAGCUCCGUAAGACGCCCAAAGAUAUCGAGGAGGUCGCCAGCAUGCGGGUACAUCGGAACCGUGUCGGCAGAAAUUAUGAAGUUGCUUGGAGCGAUGCGCGGAAAGCGGAAAGCGAUGCGAUGUUGGCACCAGACACCAAGAGGUGUUUGGACACCUAUGGCGUUCUGGAGGAGUUUGGCGUCCAACUGACAGCGGACGAUUUCUAUCAACGCUGGCGCGUCUUUGGAUGUCCCAAGUCUACCUUCGAUCUGGUGGCCAAAGUGGAAGAUGACAUCAAAGAGUUGGAGGCGCAGUUCGAAACAGCCCAGCAGCAAGAGCAAGCGGAUUUCUACGAGAGCAUUGUGGAUGUAGCCUGGGCCAAGACCAUUGAGAAUUUCUCGCAGUACUCGGAAUUUGAGAAGUUGGAUGAGAUCUACGAGAACGUGGAAAGUGUGAAUGAACGGCUGAAAUCUGUUGGGACCCAAGGUGCUCCCAUCACCCUGGGCAUAGCCUCAUGGCAUAUUCAUGGCUAUGGCAGUGGUGCUGAGUGGAAGGCAGCAACGCAAGCCAAGCUCUUCAACUCGCGUGAGACGUUGUUCGGCAAGGAGGCCAUAUGGGGCUUCAAAGCUGACAUGAGAACAGUCACGGACUACAGCAUGAUUGCCCAGCUGACGAAAGAGUUCCUUGGCAGCGGGGCUUCGGCUUUUUUUGUGUGGACGUGUUUGGAUGGAUUGGUGACGGCCUUCAACUGGACCAAGGACUCCAAGAAGACUGGUCCGUUUCAACAGGUGGACUCCAAAUUCUGCGAGAGCUCUGUGGCGGUUGGGGACCGAAAAAGGGGACAGGCGGGCACCAAGACCCUCUUCAAAGCCGUGAAGGCCUUCGAAAAGCGCGACGGAUGCGGCGAGGUGCUGCAAAUUGCCAAGACCGUUAAGGACCCGACCUGCCAAAACCCGCGGCUGAACACGGCUGAACCAGUGUCGGUGACCACCAGGCUAUCUUGGAAGUGCCACUACUGGAAGCAGAGUUUGGAGCAGAUGGACGACUUUGCGCCCAAAGUCCCUUUAGUGGUGGGUCUGAGGAACCAGGGGAUGGCCGAUCGACACUGGGAGCAAGUCUCCAAUUUGAUCGGCAGCAGCGUGCAUCCGAGCAUGGAGAACUUCACGUUGAACAACUUCAUCGAGUCGAAGCCUCACAACUGGGCUGGUGAUGAUGGGUUGGGUUUGGUGGAUCACGCCGCCGCCGUGGCGGACAUUGGAGAUCGUGCCGGCAAGGAACAGAACAUCGAAAACCAGUUGAAGAACAUGCAGGCAGCUUGGGACAAGGUCUACUUCGACUGCAGCGAGCCUUACCGCACCACUGGCACCUAUAUCCUCAAGGGUGCCGACGAGGUCAUGGCGGUCUUGGACGAGCAGAUCGUAGUCACUCAGGCCAUGCAGUUCUCUCCCUUCAACAAGCCCUUCAAAGAGGAGAUCGAUGAGUGGAAUGACAAGCUCAUGUACGUCUCAGAAUGUCAGGGAGCCCGGCGCAAUCCUGGUGAAACCCAGGUUUGGAUCAAUGGCUCAAGGUCCAAAGAGACGCUUGGCAAAAGGAGUUCCACGGAGACGACGGGGUGGACUGGGGUGGAUGUUUCAAGUCUUCAAGUCACAGCUUGGUGGUUUCAAUACUUCGAUGAUGCCAGAACUGCUUGGAUGUACCUGCAGCCCAUCUUCGAUUCCCCGGACAUCAUGAAGCAGCUGCCCACCGAAGGAAAGAAGUUCAAAGUGGUGGAUGGCCGGGAGGGUUUGUUGCAGCAGUGGCAAGUGGUGAACAAGGAUUUGGACAUGGUGCAGAAGGGUUUGGAUGACUACCUUGCCACCAAGUUCCAAACUCAAUGCGCGGCCUUCGCCCGCUUCUACUUUUUGUCCAACGACGAGCUCCUGGAAAUUCUCUCGCAGACCAAGGAUCCACUGCGUGUGCAGCCGUUCCUGUCCAAAGUCUUUGAGGCCAUGAAGAAACUGACCUUUACGGACUCCCUGGUAGCCACGCAGAUGCAUUCCAAGGAGGGCGAAAUCAUCGACUUUGUCCGGACGCCCUGUUGGGACGUCUCCGGCGGUGAGAAUCCUUUUGUGAAUCCAGUGUCGACAAAGGACAAGAACGUGGAAACCUGGAUGACAGCUGGGCUGCUCAGCAUGGGGUUGACGUUGUUGCUUGUGGAUUUGCCACAAGAACAGUUCCAUGAGAGCAAGUUCAAAGAUUCCGUGGAGAGUUUCAUCUUGACGCAUUUCGAAGACUUUGCGGUGGUACACCGGGACGGCUCCUGCCCCAUGCACUGGGUGAACAUCCACCGAAAGUUCAAAGCCCUCUAUGAGAAACGCCUGCUGCAAGUGCUGGACGACUGCGAUGCCGAGGUGACCGCCUUCAUGGAUUACUUCACCGCCUGCAGCGAUGUCUAUGGCGAUGACGAGGGAUUCCGGGCCCUACUGGCAGCGCUGACGGCCAGCGAGGAUUUUCAUGCUUUCCAGCAGAUCAUGUUCACCGCCGUUCGGGAGAAUUGGCAGCCAGAUGAACAUCAGAAGGCUCCAAUGGCUGGAUUUCAAUUCCACGAGGUCCGAGUGAACAGCCCUGAAGGUGCGGAAGCUGGAAGUAGCUUCACGGUGAUCUACUUGGGCGAGGAGCACCGCAUCAUAGUGCCCGAGGGCCAAACAGGCGACAUCACUGUGACACUGCAAGUGCCUGAAGCCAUUCCAGUGGAGAGCUACCCAGAACUUCCAAGAACGGAGUGGGUCCUCCAAAAUCCAGGGCAAGUCUGCCUGAACUCCAGUCAAGUCCAUUGGACCGCGGAGGUGGAGGAUGCCAUCAAAAAUGGCACGGUGGACACAUACUUCACCCGGCUGAGCGAACAACUCCUGGACUUGGUGCGCCUGGUGCGUGGCGACAUCACCAAACUCCAAAGUCAAGUUGCGCAUUUCUUUUUGCCAACUGCCGCAAUGGCGAGCAAAACAGGAAACGGUUCCUGGAUGAAUCUGGCAUUGCUCUCCGGAGAGCGUAUGGAUCUAGGGGACCUGGAACAGGAAGACUUGGACUUUGGUUCUGAUCUCUACGCCUUGGCUGAGAGUAGCACAGAUGAAUUGCUGAGUUCGUGGAAGGUGUUCACGGCCCUGAAGGACGACAGUUCUCAGCACCGGCGCUUGGAGAACGCAGCCUGGCGGCUCCAUGCCAUGCAGCGGAGUGGCCGAAGUCCCGGCUUUGAAGCAGCAUCUCGUGUGACUGGUGGAAAGUGCGCCUUUAAGAAAGGAGCCCCCAUUGUCGAUCAGUUGGAUGAUGCUGCGUUCACGGAAAAACGCUCCUUGUCGGGUGCUUUGAAGAAGGUGGAAGAUAUGGAACGUGUGCAUUCGAGCGACCUGACGGUGGGCUUCCAAGAUUCCUGGGCUGCGGAUCAGUUGCUGGGGGUUUGCUUGAAGAACCAGAUGAAGAAUGAGACCAUCGAUGAGGUUCUUCAGGUUCUGCAGCACAUGAACUUCCAUUCCGAAGACGUGCCAAGCACCGCGCAAGAGCUUCGUUCGCUGCCUCAUCAGAUGCGACCGGUGUGCGCCAUCUUCACUCACAGCCUGGAGCUGAAUGGAGCCAACAACUUUUGCCUCUACAUUGCCAGAUUGCUGAAGAACAACCAGAAUCUGACUAUCUUCUCUCCAAAAGCAGGGCCCAUGAAGGAAGACUUUGAAAAGUUAGGACUGGAGGUGACCAUUGUGGAUACCACCUCCAAGACCUUUUUGGAGGACUUGAGCUGUGCCUUGAAGGAGCGGCAGGUGGAAAUCCUCUUGGCCAACACCAUCAUGCGUUGCGACAUCAUCCUGAUGGCUGCGCAGCUCCGGAUGCGUAGUGUUUGGGUGAUUCAUGAAAGUUGGCCACAAGACCAGCUGGACCACUACGCCAAGGAGGUCUUCAUGUGCAAAGACAUUGAUGCCGCCAUCAUCAAGAAGGCCUUCGCUGCGGCGGGCACCAUCGUCUUCCCCUCGGACAUGCAGCGGCAUCUCUACGAUGGCAUGUUCCGGGCAGAUGCAGGGCAUACCAUCUACAAUGGAAUCCCCUUAAAGCAGCUCAACCACUUCAAGCAGACACAGGAUAGGCGAGAGGUGCGUGCAGCCCUCGGCUACAGUGACGACGAUUUCGUUGUGCUCCACUUGGGCACUGUGUGCAGCCGCAAGGGGCAGGUUUUUUCGGCCACGGCCUGUGCUAAACUCAUCCAGGAGAAUGGCUGCAAGAAUCUGAAGCAGCUCAUUGUGGGCGCUCGCUAUAUCCGUGAUCACGAGAUCAAAUACAUCGACGAGAUUUUCCAGGUGGCCAAGAAACACCAGGUCUCCUGCCGCCGCUGGGAAGAGCUGAAGGAGGAGGAGCGGGGACAGCCACAGAUCACCAUCAUGGACAUCCAAGCUGCCGUGCUGCGCUUCUACAUGGCCGCAGAUGUGGUCCUGGUGGCGUCGCUCAACGAGGUGCUGCCCCUGGUGAUUUGCGAGUCCAUGGCCUUCGAGCGGCCCGUGGUUUGCAGCGACCUGGUAAUCUGGUAA